AUGCAGCGUUUACGCUAUGUUUUGGCACUCUUGGCCACCUCUGGCUCAGUAAUAGCUCGCCCUUCUUUGGCUGACUUUGGGUCUAUGUCUAUGAACAACAUAUUCGGCAGGGAUACAGCCGAUUUCUUCAAUCCAGAUGACUUGACGUUUAUCAAAAAGCUUGCAGCUGUUGGGGACUCAUACUCAGCUGGUAUUGGAGCUGGAGACGGCUUACAUGGAGAAGGCGAUGAGAACUGUCGGCGAUAUGACCAUUCUUACCCAUAUCUUAUCAAUCAAGACGAGAGACUCGGGGAUACAACAAACAGGAAGUUUCAGUUCAAGUCAUGCUCUGGUGCAGUUAUCAAGAACGUGAUUGAGGAUCAGCUCCCUUCAAUAGACUCUGAUCAGCAAAUCAUUCUUUUAUCUGCGGGUGGUAACGAUGCUGAGCUUGUUAACAUUCUGAACCAAUGCGUCUAUCAAUGGUUUGCGCUGAAAGACCAGCAAUCUACUGUAGGUAAAGUUGCAGAGAUGAAAGGUGAGCCUUGGGCCAAAGGUUGGGACUGGGACGCUGCGUCUCGCGGCUGUUUAGGUCAACUUCAAUACUCUAAGAACAUCAUCAACAGCAAUGAAUUCUCCCAAAGGAUCGACUCGAUGAUCGAGGCUACCAAGAAGAAACUGUCAUCAGAUGGAAUGAUAUACUACACAGGAUACGCCAAAUUUUGGAGCACUGACUAUGGUUCUGCUUGCGACAAAGUGUCAUGGUCAACCUGGAUAUUUAAAUCGUAUAAUAUUUGGGAACCUGCUGCUCGUCUAGAAGAGUUGCGCCGAAGAGAGAUGAACAGGCUGGUCGAUCUCAUCAAUGACAAAAUUGAAGCCGCUGUCAAGAGGGCUGGUGACAAGGUGACCUUCGUCAACUACGACGAGUAUGUCGGCCACUUUAAAGGUCGUUACUGCGAAGAUGGCGUUGACGAAUCGGUCGUCGAUAGCAAUACAAGGCCGGAGCUGAUGUUCUAUGAGCUUGAUACCUUCGAUCCAUGGGGUAAAAAACCAUGGAAGCGAAGUGCCGUCGAGCACAAGAACGGUUCAUUCUCUGGUUAUAUGAACAUGAUGACACGGGCAGCGGAGUUUGUCGCACCCGAUGUGACAUUCAGACAGCAGCACAAGAUCGAAGAGACAUCUGAGAUACAGGGUUUGCAAGAGGUGGCUCAAGAUGGUGCUACUGAGGAUGUGCCAAAUCUUUUGCCUGACGGCUACGGUCGCGUAUUCCAUCCACAAAUCUUGCUGCAUGAACUCAUCGCCAACCUUGUCCUCUUCCAGGUCUCCAAUCGUCGAAUGGAGGAGAACAAGAUGACUCCUGAACCUCUGCUUGACACAUCGGUAGCGCAGUGUCCGAUCAAUCCAUCAGGCAACAUUGUCCUGAAGUACAAAGAGAUCAAAUCGGGAGAGGCGGUCAAGAAGGGUACUGAACUUCGGAUUCUUCCCGUCGGUGAUUCUAUCACAGUGGGUUACCUGAGCGACAGGAAGGGAGGUGACGGGAAUGGCUACCGAGGGCAACUGAAGAAGGACCUUUCUGGAGAUAAGGUUGUCUUUGCUGGGACAGAGUCAUCGGGCACAAUGGCCGACGGAUACUAUGCGGCAUGGUCUGGAAAGACUAUUCAGUACAUUUCUGAUCACGUCGACCCAUCACUUAAGCAGCGUCCCAACAUUAUUCUACUUGCAGCUGGCACCAACGAUAUGAACCCCAACCAUGGCAUCUCGAAAGAAGGGAACGAUCCGAAGGGCGCUGCUGAUCGACUUGGCAAGCUCAUCGAUAAGAUGGUCAAGUCAUGCCCAGAUGCAACCAUCUUAGUCGCAAUGAUUAUCAACACUUGUGAUGAGAGACAGUCACCUGCCACAAAGGAGUUCCAAAAGCUUGUUCCUGGUGUUGUUAGGUCGCGUCAUGACGAUGGUAAACACGUUUUGGCUGUGGACUUUACCACCUUCAAGACAAGUGAUCUCCAAGACUGUAUCCAUCCUACCAACGAUGGGUACAAGCUCAUGGGUGAUUAUUGGUACAGCUUCGUUCACCAGAUUCCUAGCAGUUGGAUCAAGAAGCCUGUUGGGCCUGACCCAGACGGCGGCGACGGUACCAACGGUGGUAUUGACAAGAACAUCCCUGCUCCAGACUGGGGCCAAAGUCCUAUUCAGGUGACAUCCAAGAAGACGGUUGCAGAUGCGGCAAAGUAUGCUACUGGUGGAAAGGAUAAGUAUGUCACUUGCAAUGGUAAUCCUUGGUACAAGGCUACAGGAAAGAUCGCGCAAGGCAAUGUUGGUAAGAAUGGGGAUUGGAAGUAUCGCAAGAACUGGGUUUCCGAGGGUCAAGUUGCUGAAGGACUUGGCUUAGAUAAUCGCUAUGUCAGGUUACAUGACAUGAAUGGCGAUGGCAAGGCGGACUACGUAUGGAUUCAUCCCCAGACAGGAGAGAUUACAUGCUGGCUUAACAAUCUCCCCAAGCCGUGGUCGAAAGCCGGUAAUAACAAUGGUAUAAUUGGCAGUGGUGUUGGUCCGGCCAAGACUAUUUAUCUGGCGGAUAUGAAUGGUGACGGGAUGGAUGAUUAUCUCGUCGUCGACCCGGAUAACGGCUCCGUUCGCGUAUGGUGGAACUUUGGUCCCGACGAAAGCUGGGACAAUGGUUGGAAAUUUGUUCCUGGUGGCGAAAUCGCUUCGGGUGUUCCGCAUGCCAACCUCGAGACCUUGAGAUUCCCCGACAUCAACGGUGACGGACGAGCUGACUAUGUCUAUAUCGGUGAAGGUGGUUCGUUGAAACAUCAUAUGAACACUGGUUCUGUCGGAGGGCGAGAUGUUUUGUUUCAUGCUAUGGGAGGCAUUGCUACCGGUGCCGUUAGUGAUAUCUCGAAGUUGGUAUUUGCUGAUAUGAACGGUGAUGGUCGUGAUGACUAUCUGAUUUGGGACGAAGACGGUGGCCUGACAGGCUUCCUCAACCAGCCAACCAAUAAAGAAGGUGUCCCUCUAUACAUCAAUCAAGGCACUGCCAAGACGAUUGCAGAUGGCAUCAAGAAGAAGCCAAGCACCAUUCGACUUGCUGACAUGGACGGUGAUGGGAAAGACGACUAUGUGUAUGUUGGUGACCAUGGUGCGCUCUCGGUAUGGUACAAUCGCGGGACUACUGACGAUUCUAUGACUAUUGACGGUCUGCGCUUUGCUGACAUUGACGGUGAUGGCGUUAAUGACUAUGUCUGGCUCGACCCCAAGACUGGUGCUCCUACAGUCUAUCUCAACUCUGGAGUUGACGAUGCAGAUUCCCUAGGGUGGGCAUGGAAGCCGAUGAAUGGUGGGAAGCCCAUUGCUACUGGUGCAGCACCAGCAAAACAAGUUGUCUUCGGUGAUAUCGAUGGUGACGGACUGGACGACUACCUGGAUCUGAAUCCCAAAACAGGCGAGCUGAAAGCAUAUCUUAAUCUCGGAGGCGAGUUCGACUACAAAUUUCGGGAUGUUGGCACAAUCGCGUCAGGGCUCGGACCUGGAAAGCGAGUACGCAUUGCUGACAUUGAUGGUGAUGGGCGUGAUGACUACAUCUUCCUCAAAGAUAACGGUGGCACGACCAUCUAUCGCAACGUCUACAGCCCGGAUGUCACAGUUGAUAAGUACGCUCCAAUGCCGGACGCAGAUGCUUCAGGCAUCAACCAGUCUCCCGAUGAGAUUGACUUUAUCGACAUGAACGGUGACGGGAAGGCCGAUUACGUCUGGACUAGACGCCUUGACGGUCGUGUCAAAGUUUGGUACAACGACUAUCCCAAGAAGCCUACUUGGCGAGAGGCUGGUGAGAUCGCAGGAGGCGUAGGAACGUCCGGCGCCAAUGUCCGCUACGCAAAACUUCAGUCUACUGGCCGGUAUGAUUACGUCGCCAUUGACCCUGGCACAGGAGCUAUCGGUGCGUGGCUCAACGGCUGCGGUGAUCCUGACACUUCCAAGAAGAAGCACAGAAUAACUGUCGUUCGUGAUGUAGAUGAUCGAAAUGGCCGAUGGAAUGUUUUGGAGAAGCCGGUGGAUGAGGACUGGCCUUCCAACUACUGCUUCAGGUCAGAGGACUCGCGUGGUACACAGGGACUAAACAGUGAGCCAAAAGAUGCUGACUUCCCUUUUGCGCUGGUCACUAUUAAAAAGUUGUAUGACCAUACAUGUUUCUAUCUCGGAGGCGCUUAUAGAGUUGGACAGUUGUGGAUUGAGCGUUGGAUCUUGACUCCAUAG